AAAAAGGAAAAUGGAAGACACAAAUAAGAAGGGAGAAGAAGAAGUGAGGUACCGUGGUGUAAGGAGAAGGCCAUGGGGAAAAUAUGGGGCUGAGAUUCGAGACCCAACGAAGCCAACUGGAAGACAAUGGUUAGGUACAUUUGACACAGCUGAAGAAGCAGCUAGAGCUUAUGAUUGUGAAGCUAUUCGUUUGAGGGGUGCUCUUGCCAUUCUUAAUUUUCCGGACGAAUACUUUUUUCAUCUUUCUUCUUUAUCGUCGGCGUCAUCAUCGUCACCAUCUACUAAUGACAAUGCCAAUGCAUCCUCUUCUUCUACACAACAUAAGGAUGUUAUUGAGUUUGAGUAUUUGGAUAAUAAGGUGUUGGAAGAUCUUCUUGGAUCAUCCAAAGAAUAUAAUGAAAGGAAGCAAUAGUUUUCUACCAAUGACACAAAGUAUACAACUUUUUUAUGUCAUUUUCUUGCCAUUUCCCCUCAACAUUUGUGCAAUCUUGCACGAGAUCUUUACUACUGAACUUUUUUAAAUAGAAAAAUGUUAGUGGUUAUUUGUUGGAAUAUAAGAAAAUUUGAUAGAUAUAGUGUCCCAACCCAUAUAAUUAGACUACAUCUUCAAGUACUAUACUUCAAACUUGUAUCUUCAAAUAAUGUUUAAAGUUUAGUUGAUCUCCUAGAAGACUUAAUCCCACCUCCCCCACCUUAGGUUU